AUGUCAUUUUUUAAGGAAAAAAAAAUUAAUUUCAUAUGUUUUUAGUAUUGAGUUGUUUGGUUUAUAUAUACUUGAGAAACAACAUGGCUGCAAUGGCUGUUGCACCCAUUGAAAUAUUAAUCUUGACUCUUGAUGAAAAGAAUGGUCUGGUUCAGUUACCAGUGGAUGUCUUGAUGUUCUACCAUAUGAAUUUUGAGAAAAAAAGAUUGCUACUGCCAACCUGUAAAGGUCGGCUUGUAUCCAAAUUCUUGGCCUCCCUUCAAGCACAUUCUGCCUUGUUUUCGGCAGCUGCGAAUGCAAUAGAAAUUUCUUCAAAUGAGUUUGAAAACAUGAACAAAGACAUUGAUUUUGAUCUUCUAUUUGAACACUGCACCCAAUUGCACCAAGCUAAGUGCCUUCAUGCUCUUUUGGUGGUUUCGAUAUCAAACAAGAAUGUCUAUACCUGGAAUUCAAUGAGCUUGGUUCUAAAGCUGGGUUUUGAAUGGGAUGUCUUUGUUGCUGCUUCCUUGAUCCAUUUGUAUACUCGGUUUGGAUUAGUAGGUUUUGCCCGGAAAUUAUUUGAUGAUAUGCCAGCACGAGAUACAGGUUCUUGGAAUGCAAUGAUCUCAGGGUGUUGUCAAAGUGGAAAUGCUGCAGAAGCUUUAGAUGUUUUGUAUGACAUGCGAGUGGAAGGGGUUAGGAUGGAUCCUGUUACAGUAGCUAGUAUUCUUUCUGUUUGUGCACAAUCUGUUUGUGCACAAUCAAAUGAUAUUCUAAAUGGGAUGCUUAUCCAUUUGUACACUAUAAAGCAUGGUUUAGAAUUUGAUCUGUUUGUCUGCAAUGCAUUGAUUAACAUGUAUGCCAAAUUUGGUAACCUGGGACAUGCAGAGAGGGUUUUUAAUGACAUGGUGGUAAAGGAUGUUGUGUCAUGGAACUCCAUAAUAGCUGCAUAUGAGCAAAAUGAUGAUCCAAUUAUAGCACUAGGGCUAUUUAAUAAGAUGCGACUAACUGGAACUCAUCCUGAUUUGCUGACACUGGUGAGUUUAUCUUCUAUUGUUGCCCAGUUAAAUGACUCUCAAAAUAGCAAGGCUGUCCAUGGAUUUAUAACAAGAAGAGACUGGAUUUCACAAGAUGUUAUUCUUGGAAAUGCUGUGGUGGACAUGUAUGUUAAGUUGGGGGCUAUAGAUUAUGCACGUGUAGUUUUUGAUGGUCUGCUGGUUAAGGAUGCAAUUUCUUGGAACACAAUGAUCACUGGUUAUGCUCAAAAUGGGCUUGCAAGUGAAGCAAUUGAAGUAUACCAGAUGAUGCAAUCCAAUGGGAUAAUACCAAACCAGGGGACUUGGGUGAGCAUUCUACCAGCUUAUUCUCAUCUGGGAGCCCUGCAACAAGGAUUGAAAGUUCAUGGUCAGGAGUUUAAGAACUCUCUGUACUUGGAUGUCUUUGUAGGAACCUGCCUCAUUGACAUGUAUGGAAAAUGUGGGAGAUUGGGUGAUGCAAUGUCCUUAUUCUAUGAAGUCUCCAGAAAGAGUUCAGUCCCUUGGAAUUCCAUAAUAUCCUGUCAUGGGAUUCCUGGUCAUGGUAAGAAGUCUGUGAAAUUGUUUAGAGAAAUGUUAGAUGAGGGUGUGAAACCUAACCACAUUACCUUUGUAUCUUUGUUGUCAACUUGUAGUCAUUCGGGUUUGAUUGAUGAGGGCCAAUGGUGCUUUCAUGUGAUGUAGGCACAUUAUCCGAUUCAACCUAGUUGAAAGCACUAUGGCUGCAUGGUUGAUUUGUUUGGUCGAGCAGGGCAUUUAGAAAUGGCAUACAAUUUUAUAAAAGGUAUGCCAAUGGAGCCAGAUGCAUCUAUUUGGGGUGCUCUCUUGCUGCUUGUAGGAUACAUGGUAAUGUUGACUUGGGCACCUUUGAUUCCAAACACUUGUUUGAAGUUGAUUCAGAGAAUGUUGGGUACUACGUUCUGUUAUCAAAUAUUUAUGCAAAUGUUGGAAAAUGGGAGAGAAUGGGUAAAGUAAGGUCACUGGCAAGAGACAGGGGAUUGAAGAAGACCCCAGGUUGGAGCUCAAUAGAACUAAAUAAUAAGGUUGAAGUUUUCUGUACUAGGAACCAAACCCAUCCAAAAUGUGAAGAGAUAUACACUGAGUUAAGGGGUUUGACUGAUAAAAUGAAAAUCCUUGGUCAUAUUUCAGACUAUAGCUUUGUGUUACAGGAUGUUGAGGAGGAUGAGAAGGAGCAUAUCCUUAUGAGUCAUAGUGAGAGAUUGGCAAUGGCAUUUGGAAUUAUUAGCACUCCUCCCAAAAGUCCUAUUCGAAUAUUCAAUAACCUUCAUGUUUGUGG